AAGAGCCUCAUCUGCUGCAUUUUAAGGGGAGGGUUAAACAUUUAGGAGAAAGACAUUUUUUAAAACUUAGUGCUGACGCGGACUGGGAGCUGGAGCAGCCGACUGGGCUGUGAACUCCACCAUGUUUCUUUGGGUUUUAGUUUUAGUGGCCUUCGUUUCUAGAACAGAAUGUUAUUUUUCGGAGGAAAAAUAUCAAGAAGAGUCGAAAAUUCAGCCGCCAACGAUUAUUAUUGCGAUCAUUGCUCGGAACGCGGCGCACUCUUUGCCAUACUACCUCGGGGCGUUGGAGAGGCAGAACUAUCCCAAAAACCGCAUCUCUGUAUGGGCAGCAACCGAUCACAACGCUGACAACACUACAGCUGUUCUGAAAGAAUGGCUGACCGUCAUGCAGAAGUUCUAUCACUAUGUGGAGUGGAGGCCCAUGGAGCAUCCUACGUCCUACCCAGGAGAGAUGGGGCCUAAAUACUGGAGCAAUGGCAGAUAUGAAUACCUGAUGAAACUCAAACAGGCUGCUCUCAACUUCGCCAAGCAACGCUGGGCUGACUACAUACUGUAUGCAGACACAGACAACAUCUUGACCAACCCAGAGACCCUCAACCUCCUGAUAGCAGAGAACAAGUCUGUGGUCGCCCCCAUGUUGGACUCCCAGGGAGCUUACUCUAACUACUGGUGCGGCAUCACUCCACAGGGUUACUACCGGCGUACGGCUGAGUAUUUCCCCACCAGACACCGCCAUCGGCUGGGCUGCUACCCGGUGCCCAUGGUCCACUCUACCUUCCUGCUGGACAUGAGGAAGACGGGCAUGAAGAAGCUGGCCUUCCACCCUCCUCACCAGGACUACUCCUGGCCCUUCGAUGACAUCAUCGUCUUCGCCUUCUCUUGUCGCGUCUCAGAGGUGCAGAUGUACCUGUGCAACAAGGUGAGGUAUGGAUACCUGAACGUCCCAGCCAAGCCUCACCACACCAUAGAGGACGACAGCAUCAACUUCAGCCACCUCAUCCUGGACGCCAUGAUUGACGGACCCUCCAUGGCCCCCUCCAAAUAUGUCAGCCUCUUCCCCAAACGGAGAGACCUCAUGGGCUUUGAUGAGGUGUACCUGAUCAACCUGCGUCGGCAUCAGGACCGUAGGGACAGGAUGCUGUACUCUCUCAACGAGCUGGAGAUCGACGUCAAAGUGGUGGACGCCAUAGAUGGAGGAGCGCUGAACAGCAGUGAUAUAAAGAUCCUUGGAGUGGACAUACUACCUGGUUACUAUGACCCGUUCUCUCGCCGUACCCUGACCAAAGGAGAGGUGGGAUGCUUCCUCAGCCACUAUUACAUCUGGAAGGAGAUGGUAGACCAGCAGAUGGAUAAGGCUCUGAUCUUCGAGGACGACGUUCGUUUCCAGGCCAACUUCAAGCGGCGCGUGCUCCGUCUGAUGGAGGAGGUGGAGAUGGUGGAACUGGACUGGGACAUCAUUUACCUGGGCCGUAAGCAGGUGACGCCGGGUGACGAGGAGGAGGUGGUGGAGAACGUGAGGAACCUGGUGGUAGCAGACUAUUCCUACUGGACCCUGUCCUACGCCAUCUCUCUCCAGGGGGCCCAGAAGCUGCUCAACGCCGAACCCCUCUCCAAGAUGCUGCCCGUCGACGAGUUCCUGCCCAUCAUGUACGAUAAACACAUCAAUGAGGACUACAAGUCUCACUUCGCGAACCGUAACCUGCAGGCGUUCUCUACGCGCCCCCUACUGGUACAACCAGCCCACUACGCUGGGGACCCCGAGUGGGUGAGCGACACGGAGACCUCCACGCUGUGGGACGACGACAACGUGCGAACAGACUGGAGGGGUUCCCACAAAACCCUGAAGGGGGCACCUCAAUCCGACAUGCUGCAGGCAACGUAUAAGGAUGAGCUCUAGUUGAACCAUAUUAGUGCCUGAUUCACACUGUCGGGCCAACUCAAACCGCACUGGGCUUGACUUGGGAUGUUGUCUUUUCACGCUGUUCUUUUCCAGCACGGUUCCAGAAACUAAAGUAGGCAGCACAGAUUGGAUCGGUUUGGCUCCGUAGUGUGAAAAGUGUAAUGGGUUCCUGGUUAUAAGUGCCACUGCUGACAGAGAGGAAGAUCUCUGCUAUUCACAAGUGCCUUCAUUUCUGACUGUGUAUAUCUAUUUCGCCAUUUUGUACUGGGUAUGUCUGACCGUAGUCACUGGGAAUGACUGGAUAUACAUACAGUGGUGACGCCGGCUGAGGCUCCAGAGACUUGGUCUGCUCACAUCAAGUGACCCCAGAUCUGUUUUCAAAGUGUUUGUGUGUGGCUUUGUCUGUGUACGGAUGCUGACGUUUA